ACGUGUUUAAAAUCAAAAAUGAUAUUAACAAUUAGAUUGCUAGUCAUUAAAGUUCUCACCGCGCAGCUACAAGAGCAACGCGUGGCAGGUGGAUGACAAAAGGCAUGUAAAAGGGCGUGCUUACUGAUAGUGACUCAUAUUUGUGGUAAUUGUAAUCCUAACCAAACUGCAUCGGAUAUUGAGGUGCAUUUCGUCAGCAGAAACUCAAUUUUAUUGUCUUCUUUGAUAAGAUUACAAGGCUGACAUCAUCAGCAAAAAGGAACUAACUAUACCUGCAAGCUGAAGAUUCCUAAAGAUGGGCAGCAAGGCAAAACUAGAUCCCAACGAUACCUAUUUGUUCCAGACAUUGAAACAAAUCAAAACCAAUUGCGAAUCUAGCAAUGAGUUCCAUGGGAGACAAGUGAACUAUUGGGAUCUUGUAAGCUUUCAAAUCAAUUGUGGGGAACCACUCGAUUUAACAAAAGAAUGGCAGUACGAUCCCUUGAAGGAGGACUUUUUGAUCAAUUUGGCGGAGAAAUACAAAUCAUUGAAACAUUUUUCCCAAAGGGACCAAGAAGCUUAUUGGAAACUAUAUAUCAAUGCGAUCAAGGAAAACAAAUCAAUGACCUCUAUAAGCAUAUAUUUCAAACCAAACGAUUACUAUCCCGAUCAUUUGGAUAGGUUCGAGGCCUUGCUAAACGCCAUUGAAGACAAGAAGAGCCUUCAAAAACUCUUCAUUGAAUUGCACGAAUAUACCUUCGAAAAUGUUCCAAAGCUCGGUCAGUUAACAAAUCUCUUUCUCAAUGCUCGAAUGAAUGUCGAAGAUCUGGUGCAGUUGUGCCGAUCAAAUCCAAACCUUAGGGAUAUUUCAUUUAUAAAUAAGGAUUUAUAUGGAAGGUUUACGGAUGUUGUGCCAUACUGUGGAGAGCUGCAAUCCCUGAGGUUAGUGAUGAAGGACGACAUUGACGCCACUGAGUAUGCUGGGUUAGCAAAGUUGCCUAAACUUCAAAGACUGAUCCUUAGAGGAAAACAUCAAAAGGGAACUUUGACAAAAUUGUUCCAUGGUCUAGAAAGUAAGGACCUCAAGACAUUAAUCAUUCCAAACACUUUGCUCAGUAAGGAUGAAACCCAGGCAAUGACCAGAAUCCACUCUCUAUCUUCCAUUAUGAGCGGGUUUGAUGACGUUGCUGACUUAGCACAUCUCAGGACUCCCGGAUAUGUUGGUAUUUACGCCAAACCAGGUCAAUUAAUAGUAAUGGAUCAGUUGAUGGAUCUGGUGAAGAGUUCUGUUUUAGUUAUUGCGAAAAAAGAUUGCCCCAUCUUGGAGAUCAAAUAUGCUGAGGAACUUGGAAAACUAGAAGUGAUAUUUGGCCUUAUAGAUCAAUGUAAAGAUUAUGAUGAAAGAGAAGACGAUGACGAAAAUGAGGAUAGUGAAAAUGAAGAUAGUGAUGAAAGGGAAAAUAGUGAUGGCGAUGAAGAUCAUGAAAAUGUAGAUGAAGAAGACAUUCAGAAUAUUGCUAACCACAUAGCUCGCGUUGUACAUCUUGCUGAUGUUUUGCAAUUCUCCAUAUCUGGGAAAUUUAAAAGCAGCAUGUUGCAAACAAUCUAUCAGGAAUUGGCAAGCAAAAAGCCAAAUGAACUCAGAAAGUUAAACAUCAGAGAUUGUUCUCCAUUUACCUUAGAACACGCUACUACACUUUCUUCUAUUCAGUCUUUAACGACCAUUUUCUGUGACCAUUGCUAUUUAAAGAACAUUUUUGAAAUGAAAGUCCAACAACUCAAUGGAAUUACCGAAAUGAGAAACCGAGAAGAUCGAAUCAAAACCGAAAUGUGCGAAAUUCUUUUAAUCCAUACAGACAAAUCUUCAAAACUAAUUCUGCAAUUCUGCAAAAACUUUACUCCUGGUGAUAAUUGUGCCCAAGCUUUCGCCCCUCUGGCCUAUUUAAAGAAUUUAAAAAUACUUGAGAUUAAGAGCCACAUCGGAGUUCGAACUUUCAUGCUCUUUAUUAAGUUAAUCAAGGAUCUGCAGGAAUUGGAAGUUCAGUCCGUUGGUCCCGAAGACCUCAUCGAACUGUCGCAAAUUCAGAGCCUAAAAGUCCUUAAAUGCGGAUUUUCCAGUUCUAAAAGUGUUGAUCAUUUGGCCAAGUUGAAUCAACUCGAAAGUCUAACCAUCACUGACCAUCCCAAAGGCUUCUUAGCGUCGCUUUUAACCGCUCUUGCUGCUAGAGAAGAUCAAGUACUCCGAAGUCUCAGUGUUCAUAGAGAUCUUACUUCCCAGGACUUUGUUGAGCUUACUGGCUUAAAAUGCUUGGAGAGAUUGCAGUUAGGAUUAAGUAACGACAAGAAUUGGAAAAGUUAUAAUCCUGUUAGUCCUUCCUCUGGUGUAGUUACGCCAACCAAUUUGGAACUCAUCGCCAAACUGUCAAACCUAAAAGAACUUAGUAUUCAUUUUGAUUACGAAAAACAAGCUGUCGAAAAACUAUUAAAGUCCUUGCAAUCUCCUCAAAGACUGCUUAAGCUCUCCCUUCCAAGUCAUGACUUAAAGCUGAUAUCCAAAUUUCAAGAAUUACGAUCUCUCGAAUGCUUUUUACACCAAGUUGAAGAUGUGAAAUACAUAGCAACUCUCAGAAAUCUGACAGAAUUACGGAUACAUAACUCGCAGAAAAAUUUAAUGACAGACUUUUUCAAGAAACUGAAGGUAUUAUCGAAUCUGCAAAGUUUACUUUUGGAUGACACAGAACUGAAAUUUGAAGAAGUGGUCGAGGUAACAAAAAUGAAUUGGUUAACUCGACUACGAUUGGGACUCGCUGAGAAACCUUUGCUACUAUUGUUGCUACAAUUUGAAAAUCUGGAAACUUUGGAAAUUACUUCGACUCAUUACGCAGAACAGCAUGAGAGAAACUUUUGUGUUUUAUUUUUAAAAGCAUGUCAAAAUCUUAUAUCUAUUUCUCUUUCUCGAUACUUUAACUUGUUAACAAAACAACACGUCAAUUCAAUCUUAAGAACUAUUAGGCAGCAGAGAAAUCCUGAUAAUGAUCCCCCUUUCAGAUUGUUUGGCAUUUGGUGGGACUUCAAGAAGCUGGAUCAGUUGGAUGAAUACGAUGAAGCUUACCUUCAAUUAGAAGGACCAAAGCAAAAUGAGUAUCAGCUCGUUCAAGAAUCCCAUAACAAUGAAGACGCAGAUGGCUUCACAGAUGGCUCAGAUACUGAUUAUUUUGGGUAAAUCAAUACAAUGUAAAUACAAAGAUCUGCCAGAAGUAGAACAACUAAAUAAUAUAUAUUUACAAAGCAAAGCUGUUGAUAAACUAUAAGGCGUUUUUACCUCACAAGUCUCAAAGACAUAAAAUAACCAGAUGAACCAAGUGAGCUUACUAAUCGCACUCUUUUCUUAUUUU